CAAACAGAUUAAAUGACUUCAGAGGGUCUGUAAUCUGUAGUGUGUGUGUGUGUGUGUGUGUGUGUGUGUGUGUGUGUGUGUGUUGGGUCAUAUGAGAAUGCUGUGAGGAGCCUGGGGGCGCCGCGGCUCUGAGGAACCUCUCAGUGAGAUGAUGUGAGAGCUGGAGGUGUACACUGCUCGGGAUGGCUCCUGUCGACUCGCGACGCUAACGUGCAGUUUUGUCGGUUGUGUGUGUGCUGACCAGGAAUCUUCCUCAUCAUGUCCUCCAAGUCAUCUCUGCUUAAGGUGAUCCUACUGGGGGAUGGAGGUGUGGGCAAGUCCUCCCUCAUGAAUCGCUACGUAUCCAACAAGUUUGACACACACCUCUUCCACACUAUUGGUGUUGAAUUCCUCAACAAAGAGAUUGAAGUAGACGGACGGCUGGUCACUUUACAGAUCUGGGAUACCGCCGGCCAGGAGCGGUUUCGUAGUUUACGCACACCAUUUUACCGUGGCUCCGACUGCUGCCUACUAACAUUUAGUGUGGAUGAUAGCCAAAGUUUCCUCAACCUAAACCACUGGAGAAAAGAGUUUGCAUAUUACGCUGACGUCAAGGAACCAGAGAGCUUUCCUUUUGUCAUUCUUGGAAAUAAAGUUGAUGUGACCGAGCGGCAAGUGGCAGUAGAGGAAGCACAAAGGUGGUGCCAUGAGAAUGGUGGGCAUUCCUACUUUGAGACCAGUGCGAAGGAUGCCACGAACGUUGCAGAGGCUUUUGAGGAGGUGGUAAGGUGCGUCUUGGCUUCGGAAGAUCGGCACGAGCAUCUGUUGCCAACAGAUACUGUGGAUUUGCACCGGAAAAAAAAACGCUCCAGCACCCGCUGCUGUUGAUUGCGUGUAAUGACUUUGAACAUUUUGUAGGGGAGUUUCACUGAUUUUUCAACAUGUAUACAAGUUUCAGUUGUUGUAGUUUGUUGCAGAGAAACGUGCAGAAUGGACAGUGAUGCUGAUUCAAUCCAAUGUUUUAUAUUUUUGAUCAGAUGCACAAUUUCUACGUAGCGACCUAUUUUUACUGACACUUUUUGCAAAGGAUUUGAUACUCUUCAAAUAUUACAAUGAUACAAAUACACCAGAAACACCCAGCAGAACACUAUAUGAGUCUUCAGCGCUAUGAAGUGGAAGCGGAAUCCACUGUGCAACCAAUUUUGUGUUUCUUUCAAGAAAUAAAGUUAUCUAAUUUUAUUUACUACCCCAAAAAAUUUAAGACUACACGUGUGAGUUUGUGUAAUAUUGAUGAAGGUUAAAUUGUAGUAAAUCUGAAAAAUAUGCAGUUUUGGAACUGUGUAAUAUGUUUUAAAAAUAUGUUUUAUCCCAAAUCUUUGUCUUUGUCAGUGAUUCAGGUCUCAGACAGUUUCAUAUAACUUCCUGUAAUAGCUUUCUGUGGUGUAGCUUUACACAUCUUAUUGCUGUCCUGUCACUGCUGCAGUCAGCAAAACUGACCCUGUAAGUGUCUCUACAAUGGAUUGUUUUAGCUCAAACCACUGAAUAAAGUUUUACACUCUUA